GGGCUACAGCUGCUUCACUACGGUAUAACACUCUGUAUUCCUUCUGACCACCGGCCAUACACCGCGGCACUUGGCAGCGAUAAGUCGGACGCGGGGAAGCUUGCUACCUUCCGACCACCUGCUGCAGCUCCGCAGGGUCAUAAGAGAACGGAGGCGCCAAGAGCGCAGGAAGCUCCCCCAGCAUUACAUGCGCGGCCCCGUCCCCCUCCCGCCGCCCCCUCUCCUUUCCCUAGCAGCCCACGUGAGCCAGGCAGCUUGACUGGCUGCAAACCCGGAGCUCCGGACUAUUCCAAGUCAUUCAGCAGCGGGCAGCGCCGGGGACGGAAUCGGCAUCUCUCGCACUGCUCUCUGCCAAGGACAACGAUUCGGCUCCUUUAUUCUCCCGGAGAGCUCCAACAGGCUACCCUGUGUGCACCAAUGCGUCUAUAGGCUCAGCUGUGACCUGACUUAUUGCCAUGAGCUUCAGCUCUCAAUGCCAAGGCGACUCUCGCAGCCCAGUGUGAGCGCCCAGCCGGGAGCGAUACUCCACUUAUCAAGUCGCAGCAGGCUGUCGCCGCUUUCCCAGCCAAAGUUUCUGCGAACGACUCCAACUCCCUGUGGGGAUGAUAGCGAUGCCUGUGUCUGGCUGAUGGGGGCCCUGGGGCUUUGAUUUGUAUCCUGGCUGAGGAGCAGUUCUGGGUGGUUUUUUGCUUUGCACCGCGAACCUUACAGGAUACGUGCCUUGGGAACUAAGCUCCUUGCUGUUAUUCUUACUCGUCUGGAUCCAUACUCAUUGGGGGCCCUAUCUGGAGCCAUAGAAAAACCGAGAUUGUAACAAAACUUUUAUCUUGCAAAUAUUUCUGGCGUUCUAUGGAUACGUACUAUUCUCCCUGGAGCUAUACAUUUCUAUAAGGGGCAGCGCAGUGUGCCUCGCCUUUGGCUUUAGCUGCUCAUUGUAGCCCUCACACCCGGCAUUAGCUGCUGCCAUGUAGGCUGAAGGGGGACAUUUGGAUGUUACGCUUAAGACCAAUUAGCUUGCAGCGCAGAUUUCCUUUCAGCCCAUGCGGAGCCCCUCUUAUUAGAAUUGCGCAGAGCGUUGGCCGCAUAAAGCAGUCGUUGCGCUAAAGCAAGAUUAUGAGCUGAGCUGCCCUUUAUAUAUAACUUUUUGUCCUGCUCUUUGAAUCAGUUCAUGGAACAGCACAGGGCAGAGUUGAGGCUAGACUGACAUACUCUGGAGGCUGUAUUUGGCUGUUUUUGUGACCUGUUCUCCUGGCACUGGGGCUGUAGUGCCAGAUUCCCAUCAUGUCUGGAAGGAGGAGGUAUCCAGGACUUUUAUGCAGCUAUUACUACUACAAUGGGUAUUCUAACUACCACUACAUGUACUGCUGCCUUCUCUUUCUUAUUGCUACAAGGGCAACCUGCAAAGUACUGCCUACAAACUCAGCCCAUCCCACAGCACUUCCACCAUCCCCAGCUGCCAUACUUCCAGUCAGCUAUCGCCUGUCUAAUACACGUUUGGCCUUCUUCUUGAGAGAGGCUGGACCUCUUCCAGCAUGGAAUUCAAGCACCCCAUUGUUACAACGUUCAGAACCUUUUGUGGUGUUUCAAACAAAAGAGUUACCAAUCCUUAAUGUUACUUUGGGACCUUUUGCUGCUGGGCAGGUACUACCAAAAGAGCUGCUGCAACCUUCAAGCACCCUAGAGGUCCCUGACCAAUUAACCGUAAACUGGAAAAUCCGUGCCUACAUAAUUCGCACAAAGAUACCUUCUACUCAUCCAGUUGUACAAGUUCUUUUUUAUGUAGCUGGCCGGGACUGGGAUGACUUUAGCGUUACAGAACGUCUACCCUGUGUUCGACUUCACAUUUUCCGGGAUGUAAGAGACAUAAAAAGUUCUUGCCGACUUCGAGGAAACCUAGCUACUUGCCUUGCACAGGUUGAGCUACCACAGAACUGGUUUGGAUUGGCAGUUGCACCCAUGGGACGUAGAAAAUCUUCAUCUGACGGGGCAGAACUUAAUGAAGAAAGCCUACAAAUAGAAUUGUUUUAUACUUUGCAUGCUCCGGACUCGGCUGGUGGGUGUUCAAAUGAACCAGGAACACGUAGGGGAGGAGAAGCCCCAACUCAACAUCCCCUUCUUCGUAUUGGAAGUAUCAGUCUAUACAAGCCUAUUCUAGUUGAGCAGUUGCAAGAACAACAGUUGGAUACUAAUGUCUUUAUCAGACUUCCAGACCGCCCACUAAGGCCAGGAGAGAUCCUAAGCAUAAUGCUAUAUCUGGUAGCCAAUUCCACCGUAGAACACUUCACACUCAGGGUGAAGGCAAAGAAGGGAAUAAACCUGCAGAGUACCAAAUCAAGGGAUCCCCAAUGGCUGGUCAACUCUGAGUUGCUGACUGGUGGAAAACAUUCCACAGCGACUGUAGAUGUGUCCCGAGUUCAAGGAAUGCCCUAUGAGAGUGAAGAUACCCCUUACCACAUAAUGCAGCUUGACUUUGAAAUGGAGAAUUUCACCAGUCAGUCAGUCACAAGACGAAUAAUGUGGCAUGUAGAUUACCGGGGACGAAAUCCUCCUCCUGAUCUCGAGAAGGCUGUAACUGAGUUAACUGUGAUACAGAAGGACAUUCGUGCAAUUGUCCCAUUAGCAAUGGACACAGAAAUUAUUAAUACAGCCAUUCUGACAGGACGGACAGUGGCAAUACCAGUCAAAGUUCUGGCUAUUGAGACAUCUGGGAUUAUUACUGAUAUCACCUCUGUUACAGAGUGCAAAUCCAGCAAUGAAGACAUUAUCAAGGUGUCAAGCAGCUGUGACUAUGUGUUUGUCAGCGGGAAGGAAACCAGGGGCUCGAUGAAUGCACAAGCCAUGUUUAGCUAUGAACACCUCAGUGCACCAUUAGAAAUGACAGUCUGGGUACCCAAAAUACCAUUAUAUAUUGAGCUAUCUGAUUCCAAAUUGAGUCAAGUAAAAGGCUGGAGAAUCCCAAUACUGCCAGACAGAAGGUCUGUUCGGGAUAGCGAUGAUGAUGAUGAUGAUGAGGAUGAUAGAAAGCUCAGCCGCGGCUGUACUUUGCAGUACCAACAUGCUACUCUUCAAGUAUUCACCCAGUUUCACACAACCUCCUCAGAGGGUACUGACCAAGUUAUCACCAUGCUGGGCCCUGAUUGGCUGGUGGAGGUUACUGACCUAGUAAAUGACUUUAUGCAGGUAGAGGACCCACGUAUUGCAGAAAUGGUUGACAGUAAUACAGUGGCUGGGCGUGAACCUGGAACUACAUUAUUUAAAGUGGUGUCUCCUCUGAUGGAAACAGUGCUUGGUCAGACCCCUAUUACAGUGACAGAGGAAAAAGUCAGCAUAGCCGAACUUCGGGCCCAGGUGAUAUCUGGCCUAACCCUCUCCCUUCAUCCAAGUCCUGGAAACAGCCACACUAUCAUUGCAAAGACAAGUGCCCAGCACAUACUGAAAUCCCCUAAACAAGAAGGCCUGCUGAAUCAUUGGCUAACAUUCAGUGAUGGAUCCUCUGUACCUCUUUCACUUUAUGAUCCCAAAGACUAUACACUAUCAGUGAGCAGUCUGGAUGAACGAGUGAUCUCAGUGAGCCCAGAUCGGACCUUCCCUAUUGUAACAGCUGGAGAGGAACAGGGCACAGGAACCCUCCUGCGGACUGAGAUGAUAAUAAAUGAGAUCUGCCAAAAAACAAAGAGGAAGAGUAUUUUGUCUACAGCAACAGCACUAGUGCAAGUCAUGUUUGGUCCAGAUGAGCCAGGAGAAGAGGAUGAACCAGGGAAAUUAGUAAGUGUUGUGCCCCCACAUUUUCCUGGACAGGAAAACAAAAAUACAUCUGGCACAACACUGAUUACGCCACUCUCUACAUCAGUUGAAGAUCUGAGUUCACUUGGUUCUGGGGAAUAUCCCUUACCAAUACCUACAGUUUUCCCUCAGCUGCCUCGAGGAUUGACAGACUUAGAGAUUGGCAUGUACGCACUCUUGGGAGUUUUCUGCUUAGCCAUACUAGUCUUUCUCAUAAACUGCAUAGUUUUUGUUCUUAAAUACAGACACAAGAGAGUACCACCAGAAGGUCAGGCAAAUCCUGAUCAUUCCCAUCACUGGGUUUUCUUAGGAAAUGGACAACCCCUCAGGGCACGAGGGGAAUUAUCACCACAACCUGAAAGUCCUGGCAACGCUUUGGAGGCAGGAAGUUUACCACCUCAUCAUUCUUCAUGUUGCAGAGGUGAAGCACGAGGAAGUAGCAGUAACAGUAGCUCCCAGGCCAGUGUACAGAGCCAAUCACAUGGACGGGGGGAUGGAUCAUCUGGGGGAGGUGGCUCAAGUCGAGAAGCCAGUGAGGACCCUCUAAGCUCAUCUCCCACAUCAAAGCGAAAGCGAGUAAAGUUUACCACCUUCACUAGCUUGCCCAGUGAAGGCAGUGUAUAUGAUGCAGUACCAGGGGCAGAGGAAAAUGAUAUGGAGUGGGUGUGCCGAGACAUGGGACUCCGAGAUCCCCAGGAGCUUAGAGACUAUAUCAGGAGAGUCAGAGAGAUGGCAUAGCCUUGGUGUUUGUUGGGGCUGUUGGGACUAGAUGAGCAAACAUGCACCCAAAAGGAUUGUUGCUUUCUCCAGAACUUGGAGAAUGGGCUUAAAGUUCUCUUUGUGUCUCGCAAUUAAUGUAUUCAAUCUCAUACUCUACCACCUCUGACUUUUUCUUCCAAAAUAUCAGUAUUCAUUCGCCUAAAUCAUUGUCUUUCUCUGUCUCUUCUUCUUCAUAUAUGCAUUAAGCCUUCUCAUAUCUACCAGCCAUACAAAAAGGAGCACGUUGUUUACAAUGUCUUUGUAUUCUUUGUUAUGAAGAAGAACAUGGAACUUUGGCUCCAACAUGUCAUGCAUACCAUUUAUCUAUACAAAUCUAGUUCAGAGAGGUUCCAAAAAAGAGAGAAAACCUGAGCUAGAUCUGAUUUUUUCACCUUAAUGGCUUACAUUUCACAAAAAUACAGACAACAAAUUAGGAGGCCAUGAUGGUUGUAACAAAGUAUCAUAGCCUGGAGAGCAGCUGUAUGGCUUUUAAAUUGAAAGAACUACUACACAAAGCCUAUACACAGGUUUUGCACUAAAGAAAAAAGGAAGAAGUCCAGAAUGAAUGGAGAUUCUGAGGCACAAAUUGGACUGCAUUUUGGGAAUAAACAUACAAUUUUGUAAUGAGUAUACCAUGGCAUCACAAGGCAUUUGUGCUGAGAAAGAAAACAAAGUUUCAACUGAGAACAAUAUGAGCAAACUAUAGCUUAUUUUAUUAAUUUCCAAAUUAUGUAAAUUGGCAAAUACAGAAUGCUCAGAAUACCAUCAAAGGAAUUCAUGGCCAAAAAUACGGACACAUUGAAUUAAAACUAUUAAAUAUGAAUGUGUUUCUCAAAUGUUGUUUUGGUCAAAUAUAUCAGAAUCUAAUAAUAACAAUAGUAAUAAGCAGUAAGAUUAAAGCACCUCAAAAUUUACACAAAUUCUCUCAGGGGAAGUGAGCAGCUAAUGGAGUUUACCUGAAAAUAUGGGUGACAAAAAAUAAGUGCUGUUGCAUAUUGUUGUAGGACUAGCCAUCUCUAUGGUUUACCAAAAUAAAUAUUAGCCAGUUUGAGAUAAGGCACAGACGUGACAUAGACCAGCUUCUAUGGUUGGGAUACAGAUAGUAAGCGCACAUCACGACUUGUGGGCUAAGAUUACUUGGAUGCAAAGCCAGUAUUUAAAAGUUUAUAUAAAAAGAUGGAUUAAGUGCCACAGCAUACAGUACAUCAUGUCACUUCUAGAAGUAAUGUUCAGAUGUAGGUAGUGUUUCUUUUUUCUUAAAAAAAAAAUAAAAAGUUUAAAAGGUAAUUCAGCAGUCAGCUAAUCCAUCCAAAAAUGAAUCCUUGAUUCUAUGAGUCAGUGUUUCACUUGCGUGGCGUUCAGUCUGAAGAGUUCUUGUAAUAGGAUUUCUUCAAACAAAACCCCUAAACCCUUCAUAUGUCAAUUUAUUUUGUUAUUAAGAACAUUGAUUUAUUUGCUGGUUCAGUUUGCCAAAACAGACUUUUAUAUUUUUGAGGAAAUGUGUUAUUAAUGCCCUGUAUCAGUGUCAGUAGAUAAGCUGACUAUUUUUUAUUUACCCAAUUUACUUUUUUUUCCUGGGGAAAUUCAUUGCGUCAGAUAGCGGAGGAACUCUUUUGAGUUGAAUGAAAUGAGAGGCAGCACUAGGUACAGAUAAGCAAGAGGGAACAUAACUGUACGGGGACAUUUUUUCUAACUGGAAUGAUGGACGCCAAAAUAGGGUAAUCCUUAUAUAAGACAUGUAAGUCUUGAACUUAACCACCGUUGUGUCAAAUUUUUCCUAAAUCAAUAUAUAGGAAAAUAAAAUUUGGCAGUGCACCAAAGCUAAUAGUGUUUGUGCCUUUAUUCAUUUACAUGUUUUUGACAUAAAAGUCAAGCAAGAUAUUGAUUCUGGGUAUUGGAAAGUCUUGGAGAAAGCAGCUGCUGCCUAAAAUAUAAUCUCGUAAGAAGAUCUUAUUUUGCUAUACUUUACGUGUAUUUUAUUUUUGUUUAAAAAACAGAGAUUUUACAUUUUGAUGAAUUUAUAUCAGGUUUCUGUAUUGCAUUGGGAUCAUCUCUGCUUUUCUUUAGAUGUAUUGUUUUCUUUGUUGGCAGGUUCUGCCUACAAUGUUAGAUCCCUCCUAAGGAAUCUAUUUACAGCAUAUUUUACAGCUAAUAUGUCUGCAAAAAUAAAAGCUGAGAUUUGA